UGCCUUGGGCGUGCGUUUGUUCCGUUGGUAAUGCCAUGCCAUUGGGGCGGCCAUGGGUUCCGGAGUUUCAGUCCCCAAGAAGCAUGAAGCGCCGGCAGAGGAUUGUCCUUCCUUGGCUUCCAUCGUCCACGGCCUAUGGAAGACAGCGGCAGAUGCGGGCGCAGUGGAAGCCGCCGUGAGGGACAUGGCCAAGGAACCCGAGAACAGCAAGGUCCAGCAGUUUGGUUGCUUCGUCUUGGCUGGCCUUUCAGCUGGAGAUGAUGACGACCUGGUCCUCAAGAAGCACCGGCACAGGGCCGUGGAGGCGGGUGCUUUCGAAGCACUCUGUACGGCUUGCAAGGCACAUCCGAGAGACGAGGUGAUACAACUGAAGGGUGCCAUGGCCAUCAGCCAUUUGGUGGCCAUGCGGGCACACCGCCCGCGGGCUGUGGAGGCCGGCGCCGUGGCCACGCUCUGCCGCGUUUUGCGCGCCGCGGUUGCCGAGGCCUCAGUGGUGGAGCCGGGCGUCAAGGCGCUGCAGGAGAUCUGCGAGCUGCCGGAGCUGCAGGAUGCGGCCAUGGAGGCCGGGCUCCUGGACGCUCUGGCGCUGGCCAUGCGUUCGCAUCCGUCCUCGCUGCCCUUGCAGCGCCGCGGCUGCAGCGUGCUGCACGGCCUCUGCAGCGGGGAGGGCCAUGGACGUGCGCAGCGCGUAGAGGAGGCCGGUGCCCUGGCGUUGCUGGUGACCGCCCUGGAGCAGCACCUGGCGGACGCCGAGCUGCGCGUGGUCUGCGGCGCCGCGCUGGGCGUCCUCUGUGAGGUGCAGCGGGGCUGCGUGGAGCGGGCCAUUGAGGUGGGCGCAUUGGAGGCGUUGGUGGCAGCCAUGGAACACCCGGAGAGCACCGCGGAGCUGCAGUUUCUGGGGGCUGCGGCGAUCAGCGCGAUCUGUACUGGUGACCCAGCAGGGCAUCCGCGCGCGCAGCGUGCUGCGGAGGCUGGUACUUUGGAGGCCCUGGCUGCAGCUAUGCUCAGACACCCCAUGGAGGUAGAGCUGCAGCGGGUGUCUUGUGGCGUGUUAGCCAUGAUCUGUGUGGGCAAAGAUCAUCUGGGACGACAGCGCUCGGACCGAGCAGCUGAGGCUGGUGUCCUCGAUGCCUUAGUCGCCCUGAAGUGCCACCCCGAUGCCGCGCUGCAGCGCAGCGCCUGUGGCGCGCUGGGCAUCCUCUGCGCCGGCAAGGAUCCAGGCCGCGGGCCGCGCGCGGCUUGCGCGGCCAAGGCAGGUGCCCUGGAAAUGCUGGUGGCCGCCAUAACUGGACACCCUGCAGAUUUGGAGCUCCAGAAGUGGGCCGCCUGGGCCAUGGGGAGCAUCGGACAACAGGAGGCGGGAGUGGAGGUGCGACAACACGCGGCUGAGGCGGGCUGUGCUGGCGCCUUGCUGGGUUGCAUGACGGCGAGCUCCGACGUGGAACUGAUGCGUUGGGCGGCGAAGGCCUUGGAAAGCCUCUGCGCUGGGGAUACCGGCGGCGUCUUCAGCGAGGCAGCUGCUGAGGCCGGGGCCCUGGAGUCCUUGGUUUUGGCCCUGCGCCAUCACAACGACCCCGAGUCCUUGCGCUGUCUGGCGGCCACGCUGAGCACUUUGCUGAGCGAUGACCCGGGCUUGCUGCGGCUGCGCGCCGUUGAGGCCGGUGUCUUAGAGACCCUGGUGAGCGCUUUGCGCAUCAACCGCAACGACCCCGAGUCCUUGCGCUCACUGGCGGCGGCUUUGGGCAGUUUGGUCAACAAGGACUUUGGGACGGUGCGGCUGAGUGCUGUGAAGGCUGACGCCAUUGAGUCAUUGGCAUCGGUGUUGUUGAAGAACCCCAAGCACCAACAGUUGCAGGAAACCGCCAGCUAUGCCCUCUGGAAGAUCUGUGAGGGCGAUGAUGCCAUCGUCUACCGCCAGCGCGUCAUGGAGGCCGACGUGCCUGACGUGCUCCGGGAUGCGGUCCCCUUUCACACAGGUGAGAAGCAGCAGAAAUUACAGGAGUUUAUUGAUCUGAUUGACCCAGAGAUCCCACGCUGCUGGGGGGAGUACUGAGCGCCAGAUCGCUAGCUGGUGCACUAGAAAGCAGCGCCAUGUCCUCCCAAGAAUGUGAUGAAUCUGUCG